GUUUUGGAGUCGUCAGGUAUCCUAAAGAAACCCAUACUUAACUCAUAGACAAUAUGGAAUUUUUAACAGGAAAUCCUUUUUCUACACCAGUAGGUCAACGUAUAGAACAUGCUACUAGCCCGACUCUGCAAUCAGAGGACUGGGGACUCAACAUGGAGAUCUGUGACAUCAUCAAUGAGACAGAGGAUGGAGCUAAAGAUGCAGUCAGAGCAAUAAAGAAGAGAAUUGUGGGGAAUAAGAAUUGUAGAGAGGUCAUGCUGGCUUUGAGUGUUCUGGAGGCCUGUGUAAAGAAUUGUGGCCACAGGUUCCAUGUCCUAGUGUCGUCUAGAGAGUUUGUGGAAGGGGUUUUGGUUCGAACUAUUUUACCGAAAAAUGACCCUCCUCUUGUUCUUCAUGACAGAGUACUGACUAUUAUACAGGCCUGGGCAGAUGCAUUCCGUAGUUCUCCAGAUUUAACAGGUGUAGUUUUUGUGUAUGAAGAUCUCAGGAGGAAAGGACUGGAUUUUCCAGUGACUGAGCUGUACAGUUGUUCCCCAAUACACACACCAGUCAAGCGUGUUCUUGAUGGUGGGUCCUCUAUAACUGCAUAUGAAGCAUCCCUCUCUCCAAGCCACCAAGCCCAGGCCUUCCAGAAUACACCACCCACACAGAAUGCAGAAGACCCUUUAACUUUUUCACUUGAGCAGUGUUGGUACUCAAUGCAGGUGAAGAAGUUAAGAGCUGACCUGGAAGUAGCUCGCAGUGACCUAAAGGUGAUGACAGACAUAAUGACUCAAAUGGAUCCUGGAUGCAUUCAAAAAGCUGAUACAGAAUUCCUGCAGCAGUUGUACUCCAAGUGUAGGGCGACACAGAGCCAGGUAGUGCGCCUCAUCCCCAAAGUAACUGACGAGAAGCUGAUGGAGGAGCUGCUGGUGUCCAAUGAUGACAUGAAUGCAGUCUUUGCCCAGUAUCACAGUUUUGAGAUACUUCACAAACAGAGCAAUGGACAACUGAGUCCGACCAAUGGCAGCCUUAUUGACCUCAGCCCUGGCACUAACUUGCACAACCAAUCAAAGCAAACAACAUCGUUGCAUAGGCCCAUAAGUCCAAUGGUCACCUCCCUAUCCAAUCAGAUGGCCACCCUAAGCACAAAUGCAGAAGACUGCAGUCAAAAGCAAAGAUACUCUUUGAGGGGACACCAUAAAGGGGACAGUCUGGAGAACGCAGCACUUGUGGGACUGACUGCAGCACCUACUAAUUUACAGUGUGCUGGAGGGGAUGACAAUCCAGACUCCACCCUCCUUGGCUCUUCACCUCAGUUUUAUUGGAUGGUGGAAAAGGGAAUGAUUCCUGUCAGUCACAGUGGAGUGAUGGAUGAUAUCAAGCAAUGGCUUAAUGAAGAUGAUGAUGAUGACCUGUCAGAUUCUGAGGGUGUAACUAGUGAAGAAUUCGACCGAUUUUUGGCAGAGAGAGCAAAAGCAGGCGAGCGUCUUCCCUCCGUGAGAACAUCAUCACAUGACCACAGGCCAUCACACCCAUAGUCUGUUACAGGAACUUGGUCAUCUUCAGCUGACAUCCCAAGCAAAAACCAUCUGUGAUAUACAUAUUGUUUGGUUUGUAUUCUUAUGAUUUGUAUGCCCUAUUUAUGCUAUGAUUGUUGUUAAGGGGCCAAAUUCAUUAAACCUACCACCAGAUUUAAUGUCACGUUAACAGCAACAACCUUUGCUGUGCAUUGCCGCCACAUUUUACUGUUUGCAUGAUGUACUGUAUUAGCGUAUUUUGUCCUCAUUUGCCUAUGACGUUAACAAUUCAUAAUAGAACACUGCCUAAAAAAUACCACUUGAACCUGUCCGACAUUAAACGUUCCAGUAAAAUCCGAUGUGGAUUUGAUAAUCUUUACUCUAACAAUGUUUGGUCAUGCAUGCAAGUCAUCGACAAUAUUCUGCACAUGCACCAACUUGGCUAAUUGUAAAUUUAUUUUAAAGGAUUUUUUGGUAUGUAUGGAGUGAGCAUGAUGGGAAACUUUCCAACUUACAUGAGCAGGAUCUCUGAAUGCCAUGACCUUUUGCCAUAAGAAAUGAUGCAACGUGACCAUAUUUUGGUUUUCAAUAAAAGAGUGUGCGAGUGUGUGUGUGGGGGGAUGUAUACAUAACCACUUUUUAAUGUAUUUAUUAGAUUUACAGGACUGAAAACUAAUAGUCAGAUGGUUGCCAGUUCAAGCCCAACCUUUGACAAGUUGCUACUGUUCAGCCCCUGAGCAAGGCCCUUAAAUGCUCACUUGCUCAAGUUGUACUCAUCCAUGAUUGUAAGUUGCUUUGUAUAAAAGCAUCAGCUAAAUGUCAUAGACAAAUAGAUGGGGUGGAUCUUUAAUAUGUAUAUAGACUAAUUUAUAACAAUAUUCCCACCUAACAGUUAAAGUGUGAAAAAAAUCAAAGUAUGACAUUAAUGAAAGUGAGAUUUUUAUUUCUGCCCCCCUUUUCUAAUGACCUUUUAAUUAUGGCUUUAUGUGACUGUUAUAAUCUAGCUCAAAUUGGAGUAAAGGUAAUUAAAGGUAAUGCAUAUUAUGAAUUUUAAAUCUUCUGUUGAUCUUGACUUUAUGGUUCUGGUACUGAUGCUGUGAUAUGCUCUAGUUUACUAGACUGUUAUAAAUCGUUUGCAGCAGGCAUGUUUAAGAAACAGUGAUACCUGGAACUCAUUUGCUUCUUGUAGUGUAAAGUGCAUUACUUAGACAGGUAUAAUAUUUAAAAUCUUAGCUAUUCAAUUAGCUAUAUGAUAGGGAUUCACAAUGAAGGACAUAAAAAUAGAAGUCAUGUUUUCAGUUGCAUUUGAUAGUGUUGCUUUAAAGCAUUGAGGCUUGCUAAGGAUGCCCCAUGCAUGUUCAGCUCAUCUAAUCUAUCAUAUCAACCUGGAGGCUAGGUUUUUUUUUUUAUCAUCUGUGGUAUAGAAGCUAAGAAGGUCCAAACAGGUUGCCAGCAAUUUUUUUCCCAGUGCCCACUUUUAAUACUUUUGCACAAAUAAGCUAUUCUGUUAUAAAUAAAGACAGUGGCAAGUGGUUACAUUCAUUAUUUUAUGCUCUGGAUG